AUGACUGCCUUCUUUGUUGAUUGGGAUCUCUGGCAAGAGAUGACUUUCGUCCUUGGGUGCUGCAUCGUUCUUGUUUUCGCCAUGGGGCUUGUGAAACUAUGGUGGUCUAACCGAGCCAUACGCCGUCUUGAGAUUAUCGACGAGGAGAAGCGCGCACGAAUAUCCCUCAUGUCACGCUGCGGCAUCGAAAACAUGCGAGCUCCCGGGAUUCCUUUCGGUGUUCGUGCUAUUCUGAGCGGCGUCGAGGUGGAGGGCAUCUGGAUCUCAAGGCCGAAUUCGCCUGGGCCAUGCCAACUCACACCAGUAGCAACUCAAGUUGGUCGGCGCAUUAGAAUAUCCAAGGGCAAGGGGAAAAUGAUAGACAUAGGGUCAUCAGAAUGUCUAUCAGACACACUCGACUCCGAAACGACGCCAAGUUACCCACCAUCUACAAAGACAUCUCAGCAGGAUGGCAUUAUUUCGACAGAGGGCAUCCAGAGCCAGCAAGAACAUGUCGGUUCAGCUAGUUCAUUGACGAAGACCCAAGUUGACUCGAGUAUCCGACGGAAUUCACAGAUAAACUGCAACCACACCGGUUCUAGAUCAUCCAGCAGUUGCAACGACGACUUCAUCACGCCAGAACAAACACCACCGGGAUCUACCAUAAGCCAGACAGAAGCUUUCGACAAGGGGAAAGGACACUCAGAAUCAGACACCAUCUUCAGUAUAGAGCAGCUGAAUGCCUUGCCACGCGUGAGAAAGCCGUCGACGGGAAGCGUGGCAAUGCCAAGCGGGCACCCCAGAGUCCUCAGAUCAGAGAAAAGGCGAUUGAUAUCGGAAUCGUCGAGCAGUUAG